AUGACGGGACUUGGUGAGGGCAAGAUUGUCUUUUCGCUGGUCCGAUGGCCCACCGGUCCACUAGUCUGCCUGUGGGCUCAUCUGCCGGUCAACGGAUUUUCUAGUCCCUUGGUGCCCCUGUCUCAUUCUCCCAGUUUGUCGGAUCGAUGGUUGUUCAGUGCCUUAAUAACCUCGCCUCCUGGUCCACCAAGGCCUGAAACCUUUACCUACCUUAAAGAAUGGAAAUCAAGGCAGAUCGAGAUGAGUUUCGUUGCCCAGAGACGAAACAGUAGUACCACACUCUUGUCGAAGUUGGAACACAGGCUUCCCUUCGUCUUUCGGUACGGCGCCAUUUCAGUUUUCCACCCCAUUUUAGCCUGCCUAUCCAAUCACGCUACCUUGUCCCAUUGCAGGAACCACCUGGUCGGCAUCCUAUUCGCCGUGCUCCUCAUCCUCUCUCACUUCGGCGCUGCCUUCCACGUGUCCUACGGCAGAGAAAUGGGCCCCGGUGUCCUUGGUUUCAUUCAGCGGUCCCAUGCUGAAAGAAGGCAUGGCAACAAUCGCAGAGAGUGCAAGACUCGGUACGUUUUUCAGGGACUCCCUGUUCUUAAAGUUAAUCAAAUAGAAGCACCAUCGUGGUCUUCGCAUCUGGGCUUGCCAAGUUGUCCUCUGGCCGAUCAGCUUAGAGCUUCCGACGAGGACGCGAAACCCUCGGAGUGCAGAGCAACUAAGACGAGUCAGUAUGUGUGCAUUCGUUCGGCUCUUUUGAAGCCCAUUAACGCGAUGAAACACUCUUCCUCGUCACGUGAAUGGAUAAAGCUUCGAGGCCAUAAUUCUUCGGCUGCCGGAGAGGCUGGCCUUUUGCCCGAACUUUCAGAUGGAACAAAUUUCCGGAGGCUUCAAAGUCGCCUCAGCGCAGCUUCAGGCACCGAAUCUGCCUCGUAG